AUGGCCCUGCUGAAUGGCUUCAGUAGAGAGGAGUACCCGAAUGGUGACUCCUAUGAAGGCCAGUUUAAGCGCGGAGCUCGACAUGGGCCGGGAACGUACUACUGCGCGGAUGGCGGCUACUAUGAGGGUGAGUUUCACGAAGGAAUGAUGCAAGGCACAGGGACGUUCUACUAUCCCGGAAAAGAGAGCUACACUGGUCAGUGGCUGAAGAGCAAGCGUGAUGGCUAUGGAAAGUUCUCGUAUCAAGACGGAGCAGAGUACGAAGGACGCUGGAUCGCCGAUCUCAGGCACGGCCAGGGCCUCAUGAAGUAUCCAGACGGAUCUGCUUACAACGGCAGCUGGAUUGACGACAUGCGGCAUGGCCAGGGGCAGAUGAGCUUUGGCGACGGAGCGCAGUACAGUGGUGGCUGGCUGAAUGAUUCCCGCCAUGGUUUCGGUUCCUACAGGCUGCCAAACGGCAGCUGUUACGAUGGCGACUUCAAGGCAGACAUUCCAGAGGGCAAGGGGCGUCUUCAUGAUGCCGAUGAGCUGAGCGACUAUGUGGGCGAGUUCCAUGAAGGCUUGAGGUCAGGUCAGGGGAAAUGUACAUAUGAGACGACUGGAGAAAAAUUCUCUGGCGAAUGGAAGGGUGGCGUGAGAGUACAAGGGAUUAUGUUCCUGAAGUCUGGAGAAGUCGAGAAGGUUGGCUACCUCAACGACAAGGUCGUGAGACGAGAGAAGCUAAGCCAACCAGAGCAGCAGCGUCUGCUGGCGGAAGAGACGGGCGAAGUACCUCUGAAUAAGGAGCCUGCAUCUGAUGAGUUGAUGGACGUCCUUCCGGUGGACCAGGUUGCAGCUCUAGGGCCUGGUCCUGCAGAAGCAAUCGCCACCUGA